AUGAAAAAAAUUUCAGAUUUUUACGCUUAUUCCAAAAAUAAAUCAACAACAGUACUUAAUUUAAAGAAAAAAGUAGAAAUUGAUAAAAAAAAGAAUGAAAGUUGUUGGUUUAAAAACUUAUAUUGUAAUUUUGAAAAAACAAAAAAAGAUACAUUUGAAUAUAUCACUGAAAAAAAAAAACAAUGGAAAAUCAAAUUUAGUAGUUUAAAAUUUCCUUAUUUUAAGUUAAACAAUUCAAAAUAUGGACAUUUUCCGUGGUAUAAAAAAUUAUAUUAUCUAAUAAGAGAUCAAAUUUAUAAUUUAUUGAAAGUAACGGAUGGUAAAAUGGAGGAAGCAAAAAUUGAACAUAAUGUCAAUGAAAAUAAAACACAUAGAGAGUUUUAUAGUGAAGAAAAGUUUGAUAAUAAAUCGAAAGAAAUAUAUGAAAAUUCUAAUGAUUCUAUAUUUUAUAAAUAUAGUAAAAAGUUAAAAAAAACAAAAACAAAUGAGACAUAUUUUGGUGAACGUAGUCAAUCAGAAUUCAUAAAAAGAAAUAUGUCUAGUAGUGUUAUACCUAUAAAAACAAAUGGAAGUGUAGUAGAUGAAAAUAUGUUAAAAGAUACGAGUUCAAUGAGAACGGUACAUGAAGAAGAUUUCUGCGAUGCAAAAGAAACAAAAGAAAUAGACAGUAAUAUUAUUCUUAAUAAAGAUAGUUAUAACUUUUUAAAUGUUGCAAAUUCUCCUAAAUUUAAUAUUAAAAAUACUUGGGAAAAAUUAAGUGGAUUUAUUUCAUAA